AUGGCUGCCUGCGUUCUCUCCUGCGACAACCAGGCCGGCAACUUACAGGAGAGUUGGCGAGGAGGGGCAGGGAGCGGUUUACACGGAACGGUGGCGGCCACGCGGGGGGCAAACGUGACCGUCACCGACCUCGAGGAGCUGCAGGAGCUGCUGAUGGUCAAUAUAGAGAACAACAAACACCUGGUGACGGGGUCAGUCCGAGCCAAGGUACUGAAAUGGGGUGAAGAUGUAACAGAAUUUCAGCCUCCCCCCGAUUACAUACUAAUGGCUGAUUGCAUUUACUAUGAGGAGUCAUUAGAACCGCUGCUGAAGACACUGAAAGACCUUACUGGCCCCGAUACGUGCGUCUUGUGCUGUUACGAACAGAGGACUAUGGGAAAGAAUCCUGAAAUUGAGAGAAAAUACUUUGAGCUGCUUCAGGUGGACUUUGAGCUGGAAAAAAUUCCCCUGGAUAAGCACGAUGAGGAGUAUCGCAGCGAAGACAUUCAUAUCGUGAACAUCCACAGGAAACAAACGCUCCCCGCCUGCAGUGUUCACGUUGUGAAUGUCGUCGGGCGAGAGGGACCCUGGGGGGGGCCGGGUCCCGUCCCCCCCCGCGCCGCCGCCGGCUGCGCCCGCUGCGAGGGGGGAUGUCAGACCCAACCGCUUCUGUUGCGCGCCCCGCCGCUCGCCCGCUGCGAAGAGAAACCCGCCGCUAACCAGGGCAGCGGGGAGAGGGCGUCAUGUGCGCGGCGGCUGCCGCCUCUCUGUGUCUUGUCCCUGGAGCCACCCGAUGAAACGGGGACUGGGUCGGGGAUGCACGGAGACCCGCCGACAGGCUUUUUGGCAAAAGCCAUGCUGGUGCUGCUGCACCAGGCUCCAGUGGCCAUCUCCAGCAGCGAGACGUGUCGCCACCAGCAGUGCGGAGCAGGGGGCGGAUGCCAGCACUCCUUCAGCGUCAACGUGAUUAACCAGUUUCACUACUUGGAGCGUUUCCGGGAGGACCGGGAGCCACUGGAGCGCGUGAAGGAGGGGAAGGAGAAGCUGCGGAGCCCCUUCUCCCCCACGGCACGGCGGGGCUGGGGGAUGCCGCGUGGUAGCAGGUGUGGGGGGAAGUUUGUCCUGAACCUCGGUAUCAGGCAGCAAGAAGAAAUCAAGCAGCGUCUGUUCUGCCGCUGCCCCUCGCCUCCCCCUUGA